CAUACCGUAUUCCAGUCUGUCCAGUGAGACCACACGUGAAAGCAGGGGAACAGUGAAGUGACAGACUGACUGAACUUCUUCAUGAGGUUUUUUAUCAGGACUUAAGAGCAGCAGCGUGACACCGACUCGCUGCAGAGAGUGAAGCCGGCAGGAUGCUGUACCUGGUCGGCCUGGGGCUGGGGGACGCGGCGGACAUCACGGUGAAGGGCCUGCAGGCGGUGAAGAGCUGCUCCAGAGUUUACCUGGAGGCCUACACCUCCAUCCUCACUGUGGGGAAGGAGGCUCUGGAGGCGUACUAUGGGAAGGAGCUGAUCCUGGCCGACAGAGAUCUGGUUGAACGGGCCGAUGAGAUCCUGAAGGACGCCGACGUGACUGACGUGGCGUUCCUGGUGGUGGGCGACCCUUUCGGAGCCACCACCCACAGUGACCUGGUCCUGAGAGCAGUGAAUGCUGGGAUACCGUACAAAGUCAUCCACAAUGCCUCCAUCAUGAACGCAGUGGGCUGCUGUGGUCUGCAGCUGUAUAAUUUCGGGGAGACGGUGUCGUUGGUGUUUUGGACGGAGACGUGGAGACCAGAGAGCUUCUACGACAAAAUCUGUAAAAACCGAACAGCUGGACUGCACACGCUCUGUCUGCUGGACAUCAAAGUCAAAGAGCAGAGCAUCGAGAACAUGAUGAGAGGAAGGAAGAUCUACGAGCCGCCUCGCUUCAUGACCGUCAGUCAGGCUGCGGAUCAGCUGAUCCAGAUCAUCCAGAGGAGGAGGGGGGAGGGGGCGGAGCUAGGUGUGACUGAGGACACGGUGUGCGUAGGCGUGGCCCGGCUCGGCGCAGACAACCAGAUGAUCCGCACAGCAACGUUACGGCAGCUGGUGUCAUGUGAUCUCGGCGGCCCGCUCCAUUCGCUGGUCGUCACAGGUCGGCUCCACCCGCUGGAGGUGGACAUGCUGCGAGUGCAUGCAGAACCAAACGCGCUGGAACACCUGCGUAUGGUUGACAGCUCCACCUACUGCUCAUAAGACCUUGCCUGAACUCUAACGGCAGGUAGCAGUACAGCAACAUAUGUAUACAUAAUGAAUUCUGGGAAACUGUCCAUGUGAUGUCAUCAAUAAAGACGGAUCAAUAAUCA